AUGGCAGAGUCUCUUGCCCAACCCUCGCAGCCACGGGUGCAGAGUCUGUUCCCGGGCGAGAUUCACAACAACAUCGUUCGGCUGCUCGGUCCCGUCGACUUGAUCUCCCUCAGCCAGACUGAUCGUUACUUCCGGCAGCUCAUCAGCCCUGGAAAAAAGGAGCUUGCAGAGCGUCUCCUGGUCAUAGAGUGCCUUGAGGAGCACGGAGGCGGCACGUCCUUAUUCUUUACCACCCCCGAGGAUCACACACAUGUCCACGAGACGCUCGGUCCAUGGGAGGCCAACCGCUGGGCUUGCCCGGGCUGUCUCAAGCUGCUCCCCCACCACCGGUUCGACAACAAGUCCCUCCUGUGCUUGGAAACCCGGAAGCCAGCGCCAGGAACACCAGCCGCUGAUAUUGCCAGCUCAUGGGUCCCGACACAGCACAGGGAAAGCCCCGCGCAGGAGGCCAGACGCACCGGCCGACAAGUAUACGACUAUUAUACGAGGGAUUGUUCAGGCCAUGAAUCCGACCCCGUCACCGAAAACGAGCGUUGCGGAUUCCACCGUCAUCUUCGUAGAUGCAUCGAAUGCCAACACCAGCUUGGGGUGAUCGGAGGCUCAAACCUCCCACGGAUGGGCCCCCUUCUGCAAACAAAUCCAAACCGUCCCUCACGUGGGUGGGCAAAAGUCAGUGCCCGUACAAGCCGCGGGGUCUUGCUGAGCUCCGGGUUUGUUCGGUUCUGGCCCAAGCUCGACGAAAUGCUUGAAAGCAAGGCCCCGUCCAUCACGCCUCUCAGACCCAAGAGCAUGCCCUGGCGCAGAGAGAAGAAGCUCUGGGAAAUGUACAUGAUCCGCUGCGGUGGGUGCGAGGAAUGGAAGGAGCUGCGAGCGUUCCGGAUCGAAGGCUCGCGUCUGGACUGGUUGCCCGUUCGCAUUAACAAUGGAAUCCCUCAGUGGUUCCCGCGUGACAGGGCCACGGAAGGCUCGAGGGCCAGGCUAGAGAACCGCCCGCUGGGAGACCUUCGGUGCCACCACUGCUUUGCCCGGGAGCACGGGGCUUUAGCACUGGGCGAGAUCCUCGCGAUCCGGUUCAAGAUGAACAUCCAGCCGCACAUGUCCGAGCUGGAGUAUCGGUUGCACUCCCACUACAACGCGGUCAAGUACCUGGCAGCCGAGGGGGAGGCAGAGAAGCACCGUCCGGCAGAGGAUCCCUCGGGAGACUACGACGAACUGGUGCGGUUGGUGCGGCAGGGAGAAGAGAUCAACACGGAGUUGAGCGAGAACCUCCAAUGGAGGCUCAACCAAGCCCACGUUGACAGGCUGCGAAACGAAGCUAAAGAAUUCAAAGCCCUAUGGAUCAGAAUGCGCAAGUCUCAUCCGAGCCUCGCUUCGAAACUUGGUAGAGACAAGAACUUUGUCUCAUGGGUCAACGACUUUAAGAACUCAGAGGUCGAAUGGAAGUGGCUCAAAGAUUGCGAGAGCAAGGUCCUGGCUAACCCUACCUUGCUGCUCAAGUACGCGCUGAACCAGGAUGUCCCGGGUUCGUACUGA